AUGCUCCUACCAAAUAUUGAAUCUACCCGCGCCGCGCCCGCCCGCCAGAGCUGUCCUGAGCCUCAGCCUACCUGCAAGCUGUCUGCAUCGUCGCCCGCCUGCUGGCUAUCCAGAAUGCUCCUACCAAAUAUUGAAUCUACCCGCGCCGCGCCCGCUCGCCAGAGCUGUCCUGAGCCUCAGCCUACCUGCAAGCUGUCUGCAUCGUCGCCCGCCUGCUGGCUAUCCAGAAUGCUCCUACCAAAUAUUGAAUCUACCCGCGCCGCGCCCGCCCGCCAGAGCUGUCCUGAGCCUCAGCCUACCUGCAAGCUGUCUGCAUCGUCGCCCGCCUGCUGGCUAUCCAGAAUGCUCCUACCAAAUAUUGAAUCUACCCGCGCCGCGCCCACCCAGCAGAGCUGUCAUGUGCCAACGUCUACUUGUAAGAAGCCCUCAUCCUCGCAAUCCGGAGACUCCCCAGAAUGUUCGUAUCAACGACCAUGGCUAGAGCAGAGCCUGCCCAUAGUAACGGAAGAUUCCACAGCAACGAUAAAAAUAUGUAGAGCAUACGUGAUAUGUAGCAGGAAGUCUAAAAGAUUGGGGCGCACGUAA